AUGGUUUACAAUUGUUUGAAACACGUGGUUACGGAGGAAGGAAGCCCUCUCCUACUGAAAGAUGUGACAGAGGAAUCGACCAAAUGGUGGGCCGAAAAAGAUGCCGGCGACUCGCCCCUCGAUGGUCAAAGUGUUCCUUGCGCACGCCUACAAGCCUCGGUUGCCAAGGGUUUUCGCAGCCAUGCUGCGUUCACGCACCUUUCGAUUAGCAACCUAUUCAAGCUGUCGGAAAAAUCAAACUGUGCUGACGACAUCUCUCUCCUUGCUACGUUCCCAGCAGGCCUUUCGACACCUUCUCCUCCUCUUGCCUUAGGAAGCACAGUUUUUAUUACCACGGCAGACGAUUCGCCUUCAAACUACCCUUUGUCAAUAGAAGAGAACAACAUGGUUUAUUUUGCAGGGUGGUUGGCAUCGAAAUUCCUCAAGGUUCAUUCCUGUGUAGGAACAUCCCAGAAAUGUGAGCUGAGGACAGAAAAUGCGUGUUUUUCUGAGGGAAAUCAAGUGCUCUUGUAUUUGAGUGUGAAAGGCACUGCCGACUCCCACUUUGGAAUCCUCUCAGUUCCCUCUGCUUCUUUCAGAUUAUUUUUUGAAGCUUGUGAGGAAGUCUUCGAGACAUGUACCAACAACCUAAUUUCAAAGGAGAACGUAGGGCGAACUAUUUGUGUCCUUUUUCACCAGAAGAUUCCAAAGUCUAUGACUCUAUGUGACGAAAGUAUUUAUGAUGAUCUGUUUCCUCCGGUUGCCAGAAUCAUUCUGCACUGGUUCGCGCGGAAAAAAAAACUAAACUAUUUGAUACAGUAG